AUUCAAAUUCAAUGCCAAGCCAAGUGUUGCCUAUUCACUGUGCAUUUCUAUCGAGUAUUGUACUAGGAAAGCUAUGGUGGUGAUGUUUUACGUCGAAUAUUCCGAUAUUGGCGGAAAAAUAGUGUUAUGAUGGUACAUAUUUGAAAUUUAAAUUGAACUGAAUUCUCAUCAGUGGAAGUAAUAGAGUAACGGAGGGAGAAAGAGAGAAUGGACAUCCUCAUCGAGCCCGAUUGCUUCAAGGCCUGUCGCAUUUGUAUGGAGAACUGCGAGGAUGACUUUGUGUGCGUGUACGACGAGUUCGAGGAUAACAUCCUGAUGGACGUGAUCACCGAGUGUGCCCGCGUUGAGAUAAGAAAAGACGAUGCACUGCCCCGGAACGCCUGUCGGAAUUGUGCUGAGUAUAUGAUAAUUGCCUACCACAUCAUCCAGAAGUGUCGUGACUCGGAUCACACGUUGAGGUCGAUCUUCAAGCAUGAGAUCGAACUACGGAGCCGAAAGGACGAGGAGAAGAUCUUCAGUGCGACCGAUCUGCACGAGGAGGACCUCAAUCCGGAAGAGUACGAAUUUCUUCUCUCGGAGGCGUACGACAACAUGAUACUGGACAAUGUGGAAGAUCUGAUUGCCGAGCAGGCUGAUGACCUGCCGAGUGACUUUCCAGAUUUGGGUCAGGUAGAUGAAAACACUCCCCCAUUGGAGAGUAACGUAAAGCUAGAACAAACACAAGUGGCAAAUGCUUCAGAUAGACAACUGCAAGUACAAGUGGAGCAACCACCUGUUGAGGCCCCCGAAAGGAAGAGAUGCUGUGGUUGUAAGAAAGAGUUUGAUAAUGAGGCCGAGCUUAAAACCCACGGCAAUUCGGUUCACUUUAAUGAGCGUGGCAAUUUUAUUGAUCCUACUAGGCCAUUCCAGUGCCAGAUCUGCUUCAAAUCGUUCGUCACCUUGCAGCAUAUGAAGGAGCAUCAGCGAAUUUCGGUUCGCCGAUUCUUCUGUCGGCAGUGCGGAAAAGGUAAGGCUUCAAACGACUUCACAUCACAGGAUGAAUUCAACACAGGCCAUUUCUCCCGGACAGGUUUCAUGACCCAGGUAAAUCUAGAGAACCACCACAAAUGUCACUACACAUCGGCCGAAACAAAGAAAUGCUGUGGUUGCCGAAGGGAAUUUCAAACGGAAGAAGCACUCGCAGUUCACUCCCUUCAGGCGCAUAAACCCGAGCAACUGUUUGAUCCGAGACGACCAUUUGAGUGUGCGAUUUGCUACCGGCGUUAUCCCACGCGAAAAUCCCUGGUCAGUCACAAGCGACUGAACCAGCAGCAUCAAUGUGUGCAUUGCGGAGAAAUCUUCGCCAAAAGACUCUUCCUCACGAUUCACGAGCGCACCUUUCAUGCGGAUGUGCCCAAGGAGGAAGACCCCAAGCGGCGAUGCUGUGGAUGUUACCUGGAGUUCCCGAACAUGGAACAACUGCAGCAGCACGCCUCUACCACACACAAGCUCCAGCGCAAUCAGAUAGCCGAUGAAACGAAACCUUUCGAAUGCGACAUCUGCUGCAAACGGUUCAUCUCCAAGUACAGCUUGCACCACCAUCAGAAAAAGGCCAACCAAGGGCGGCGAUACGUGUGCGAAGUCUGCGGUCGGUCGUUCAACCGGGCCUUCGACAAGGCCAACCAUGCCACCACACACUCGACUGAGAUGCCCUUCGCGUGCGACAUCUGUGGCCGCCGCUUCAAGAACCGACUUUACCUCAAGAAUCACCUGAAACUGCACGCUAGCGGCGAAACGAAGGAAUUCGUCUGCCCCGAAUGUGGCAAGUGCUUCCGUACCAAGGAUCUCCUGAAAACUCAUUCCAUCACGCACAGCGAAGAACGACGCUUCGUGUGCAGUCUCUGUUCGGCCACGUUCAAGCGGAUGCAGUGCCUUAGAAUCCACCUGAAGAUACACAACAAGGAGAAACCGUACGGGUGUACUCUGUGCGACCGCCGGUACACUCAAUCGUCGGACUUGAAGCGGCACAUGUUGACCCACAGCACCGGGGACGAAGCGCGGCCGUACCAGUGCGAGUACUGCCUGAAGCGCUAUCCCCGGAAGGAUUAUCUGAAGAUUCACGUCCGCAAGCAGCACCUCGAGAAGGCCGAUCUGACGCUGAUCGAGGAGAUGGCAUUUGAACUGGGGGACAACGGGGACGAUAGUGAUUUUUUACUGAUUUGAAAUGUUAAAGUUAGGGUAAUUGAAGAAUAAUGUGGCAAUAAAAUGCGGAA